UGCCGGCUCUCUGGGCGGGCCCGGGCCGGGGGCGGGCGCGGCGGCGGCGGAGGCGGCGCUGAGGCACGAGCGUUGCCGCGCGGCUUAGACUCGGUCGGUGGCUUUGUUGGUCGGUCGGUUUUCGUCCUGCGUAGCAGGGCGCGCGCGGCCGCGAUGAGCUGGAACCUGCUGCUCUGGCUGCUGGCGCUCUGCGCGCUGCUCGCGCUCGUGGUGCAGCUGGUAUGCUUCCUGCGGGCCGACGGCGACCUGACCCUGCUGUGGGCCGAGUGGCAGGGGCGACGCCCAGAAUGGGAGCUGACUGAUAUGGUGGUGUGGGUGACUGGAGCAUCAAGUGGGAUUGGUGAAGAGCUGGCUUACCAGCUGUCCAAACUAGGAGUUUCUCUUGUGCUGUCAGCCAGAAGAGUGCAUGAGCUGGAAAGGGUGAAAAGAAGAUGCCUUGAGAAUGGCAAUUUGAAAGGAAAAGAUAUACUCAUUUUGCCCCUUGACCUGACUAACAGAAGUUCCCAUGAAAUGGCUACCAAAGCGGUUCUCCAGGAGUUUGGCAAAAUUGACAUUCUGGUCAACAAUGGUGGAGUAUCCCAGCGUUCUUUGUGUGUGGACACCAGCGUGGACGUCUACAAGGAGCUAAUAGAGGUUAACUACUUAGGGACGGUGUCCUUGACAAAGUGUGUUCUGCCUCACAUGAUUGAGAGGAAGCAAGGAAAAAUUGUUACUGUGACUAGCCUCCUGGGUGUUGUAUGUGCACCCCUUUCUGCUGGCUAUUGUGCCAGCAAACACGCUCUUCAGGGAUUUUUUAAUACCCUCCGAAUUGAACUUGCUACAUACCCAGGUAUAAUAGUUUCUAACAUUUGCCCAGGACCUGUGCAAUCAAAUAUUGUGAAGAAUGCCCUAACUGAAGAAGUCACAAAGACUACAGGCAGCGAUGCAGAUCAGUCCCACAAGAUGACAGUCAGUCGUUGUGUGCAGCUGAUGUUAAUCAGCAUGGCCAAUGAUUUGAAGGAAGUUUGGAUCGCGGAUCAGCCUUUUUUGUUAAUGGCAUAUUUGUGGCAAUAUAUGCCAACCUGGGCCUGGUGGAUAACCAACAAAUUAGGGAAGAAAAGGAUUGAGAACUUUAAGAAUGGUGUGGAUGCAGAUUCCUCUUAUUUUAAAAUCUGGAAGACAAAAUAUCAAUGAAGGAGUACUUGCAUUUUCCAAGCCAAUGGAAAGAGAAACGGAAAACAUGACAACAGCAAUUUUCUUAUGCACUGAAGACUUACUUAUUUGUGAUUUUACUUCUUAAUAGAUACAACUUUCCUUUCAACGUGUAAUAAAUAAGAUUGCCAGGAGUCUUGCAAUAAGGGUAUUAAUGCAUACUACAUUCCUGGAUUAAAGAGCAUUUUAACAUACUCUACCAUGUAUGCUUAAAAUCUAGGUUAGCAGAAUGCCAACCAAAGAAUUACAGUAAUCCAUUUAGCAUAAAUGCAUGGAAUAUUACAUGAAGCAGAGUGCUGGGUAAUGGGCAGAUAUAAAGAAGUGUCUGAAAUGGCAUGCCUCCAAGGUGCUUACACUCUCUUGGAAGAGUUGACAGGUACAAAUGACUGGAAUUUGAAGCCGUAGGUAGGACUCAUAGCAGCCAUUAAUUUAUUAAAAAUCUAUUAUAUGUCAUUUGCUGUACUGAGGUGCUUUGUAAUUAGUUAAUUCAUUUAUUUCUCAUAACAGCCCUCUAAGCCCUCUGUUAUUUCUCAUAACAGCCCUCUAAUAGAUGAAGAAAGAAAUGCCCAAAGCAAGUAGGUGUUACUUUCCCAAGGUCACAGAGCUCGUAAGGGGUAAAGCCUGGGUUAAACUCAGCUCAGGAAGAUUCCAUUGGCAACUUCUUAUUUUAGUUAUUAUCAUUAAUUUUACUUUAAUCUUUAGCACCUUAUAGUAGAAAACAUGCAUAGGCCACAAUAGAAAAUCAACAAAUAUUCCUUGACUAUUUACUGUCAAGGGAGAAGAACAGGGGAAGAAAAACAUGGUUCUUAUGUAUAAGCAGUUCACAGUUUACCUACAGACAAGGUAACACCCAUAAAAUAACUGGAAUAGUUGGUGGAGAAGUUGGAGACCACCCUGGUGGCUAUCUUUGGGAAAUGGGGAAGGUGUAAAUGGUGGAGUGACACCAUGAGGUGUAGCAAGUAAAAGCAAUGGAAUAAAUGCACACAUGGCAAGAUGGAUAUAUCCUAGAAGCACGGUGAUGAGUGAAGAAAGUAAAUGAUGACUAUAACAAUUCUGUUUGCAUAUACUUAAAUUUAUGUGCACAGAAGAUAGUGCUCAUUUUGUCCACAGGGGAUCCCAGAUAAUGGAAUUAUUAAACACAGGCUUGAAAAUUAUGUUUGGUAUAUUGAAAGAUGUAAAACACAAGAUUGAGAAUUUCAGCAGCAACCUAAGUGUCCAUUGAUGAAUAAAGAUGUUGUGUAUAUAUA